GUAUUGUGUCUACGUCAUUCAGUAUAAACUUACAGCAAACUACAGGAAUAAGGCACAGGUUUGGUAUUACACAAGGGACUUUGGAGACGACAUGGCGUUUGUGUACGACCUGUGUGUCGUAGGGGCAGGAAUGACAGGCGCCGCGGCUGCUCGCGAGGCCUCGAUAAUCGAUAAUUACAAGGUGUGCCUUGUUGGACCAGCUGAACCUAAGGUACGAAAAGUUAACACGGGUAAGGAAGUUUUCGGCGCACACUAUGAUGAAGCUAGGAUUGCAUCAUCGACGUCAUCCAAGGUUCCAGUUUGGGGUAUACUGGCAGAGAGGUCCAUUCGUAGAUACAGUGAGCUGGAACAUCUGUCGGGUGUGCAUUUCUACGACAGUGUAGGAUCACUAACCGUCGGAACGAGGAACUCUGAGUAUCUUAACAAAGUAGAAAAACAAGCCAAUAGCCAAGGAUAUGCACAUAGCAUGGACAUAUUGGACAGUCAACAGUUAAGGCGCAAAUAUCCAUUCUUCAAUUUUUCAUCAGAAGAUCAAGGCAUUGCUGAGGAAAAUACUGCAGGUAUUAUAAACCCGAGAAAAAUGGUAAUGGCACAAAUAAGUGUGGCUUCAAAAAACGGAUGUGACGUAAUACGUGAGACAGUGACUGGGAUAGUUCGACAACCAGACGGAAACAGUCGAGUUGUCACGGAAAAUGGGAGAUUAAUAAUGACUAGAAAAGUGCUGUUGGCGACAAAUGUUUUUACAGAGAUACAUAAUCUCCUCGGUGAUAUCAGACCGCUUUACGUACCCAUGCCACAGACUGUUACUCUGGCCGAGAUUUCGCCCCAAGAUGCAACACGUUUACGGAACAUGCCAUCUUUGAAGUACAGAGGAUAUGGAGAGCCGUCUUGGCCGUCCGAUUACCUCAGGAACAACAAUGAUCAAAUCGAUUUCUACAUGCUUCCUCCUGUCAGGUACCCUGAUGGUAAAUACUAUAUCAAGCUAGGUCACAGCGAUGAUAUUUUGAAAGGUCCUUUACAAGUGUCUGAAAUGCAGAAAUGGUACUGCGGAGAAGGGGACAAGGCUUUGGAAGAACAAAUGUUUCGACUUCUACAAAGAUUAUUACCUGGGGUAACGUUCCUCAGCCACCAUGGCGAUGCUUGCAUUACUAUGGUGACGCCUAACUCACAACCAUACGUUGAUCUUGUCACUCCAACGGUUGGCGUUGUCAUGGGUGACAAUGGAUGGGCGGCGAAAUCAAGCGACGAGAUCGGACGUAUUGCUGCUAGGAUGAUAGUACAAUCAGACUGGUCGUAUGACCUUCCAAAACAUAUGUUUAAGUUGUAUACUAAUGUGACAGGCCCACCACCUGCUUCAAAACUGUGAUUACAACACGUAUCUAAGUAUCGUAUAGCUCUUUAAAUGUCUCGAAUUCAUUUGAAAUUCUAAUUGAAUUAUAUAACUAGGUGACUAUACUAUUCACUGCAACCUGCUUUUAUUAAUGUUAUGCACUUGCAUGCAGCCGUAGUGGAUUAAAGACCACAGGGGAAAAGAACUAUGCUUCUGUGUAAAUAUAUUUUGAUUUGAGGCGGUUAUAGAUGUUUAAUGUAUCAGUUUUAUUUAUGUUUAUAGAUACCUUGAGACUAGGUGGUCAUGACAUGACAUGAAAUUAAGGUCAGAGACCAUGUCGAGUUAUGAGGGAGUAAAGUGGAGGUUCAAUUUCCACUAUUGGCCCUAUUUUGACGAAACUCAGUAAUAAAUCCUCAUAAUUAUGAUGCAUUGAUGUGUUGAAAAUUUAAUUAAACCAAUUUGAAAAAAAAUAACCCAUAGUCAAAACGUAGAUCACAGUGAGCCAAUUUUAUGAAUACCAAUUAUUUCAAAUAUAUAAUUUAUUUUGUGCCUUGGUACACAUAGGAACAAUGUAUAUAUUAUUCCAUGUUCUAAUUAUGUUUCCCCAUCGAACGAAUGGAGAUAUGAUGUAUAAGUAGUGGUUCUUCUCAUUCUGUUUCUUUAUCAGUUUCUGGAUCUUUAGAUAUUAUAGUGAUGUUUGUCCAGGCCAUAACUUCCAAAUCGUUGAAGGUAUAUUGACAAAACUUGUAUC